UAGCUGCUGAGCUGUUUCGUUACUUUCGUUCCCGGACCAUCGACGCGCACGGACUCUGUUUCUGGACGUGUUUGAACGCUCACGUGUCCGAGGGGGCGACCGUAGAGAUUUUCGAUCGCGUAGAUCGUGAGGAAUUGCAGGAUAAUUUUAAGGCCCCAAAGUCGCCAGUGCGAAGGCGCGCGACACUUCUUGCGUUUACGAAGAUGUGAAGGACGUAGUAACGUACUGUGUCGAGAUAUUUCCCUCAGAUUUUGCCUCUGAUACUCGAAGAUGUCUGGGCAAGACCGAAAACGAGGUUAUGACGACUCGUCAGAACCAUCAACCAGUGGUUAUCGCAAGAAGCCUUUCGACAGGAGGAGCACAAGUUCAGACCGUCCGUCGACCAAGUCUAUAAAACGUGAAGAAUCUUCAGAGACAUACUCGGAAUAUGGAUCGACACAAAUGUCAAGCGAUGUUAAGAGCGAAAUUAAGAGCGAAGCUGGUUCCGAUGUCAAAAGUGAAAUUAAAAGUGAAGGCGCGUCGACAAGUUCGUCACGCCGACGUAGGAUGGAAGCUGUUUUUGUAACCAAGCCAAGUACCUUGGUAACUAAAAAAGGUACAUCUGGGAGAUCGAUGUGGUUGCAGUCCAAUCACUUCAAACUCCCCCAAGUGCCAGAUUGGCAUCUUUAUAAAUAUCGAGUUGAUUUCGAUCCCGACGAAGAGCGUACACAUGUUCGCAAAGGCAUGCUUAGGCUUCAUAAAGAAAAAGUCGGUGCAUAUAUUUUUGAUGGUACUCUUUUGUAUUCCGCGUGCCGUUUACCAGAUAGAAUGGAACUGAUGUCAACGAGACAAUCUGAUAAUGUAUCCGUCAAGAUUAUUAUAUGUUUAGUUGGAAGUAUGUCAGCGGAUGAUGCAUAUUAUAACGUCGUUUUCAAUAUAAUAAUGAGAAAGUGUUUGGAAUAUCUGAACUUGCAAUUGGUGGGCCGCCAAUAUUACGACGCGAAAAGCAGCGUUAGGGUAGAUCAGUACAGAUUGGAAUUAUGGCCUGGAUAUAUUACAUCCAUUAGACAACAUGAAAAUGACGUUUUGAUGUGUGCCGAAUUAACGCAUAAAGUUAUGCGCCAGGAAACUUUACUGCAUAUAUUGGAAGAUUGUAGGAGACGCAGUUCUCAAGACUAUAGGAAAGAUUUCUCUAACACUGUUAUUGGAAUUCUGGUACUUACUGAUUAUAAUAACCACACAUAUCGUGUUGAGGAAGUGGAUUUUAAUGUAAAUCCUUCCUCGACAUUUUCUAUGAAAACUGGUGAACAAGUAUCUUACCAAGCAUACUACUAUAAGAAAUACGGAAUUCAAAUACGGAAUGUUACCCAACCAAUGUUGAUAACGAAAUCAAAGCAAAAACAACGAAAUGCGACUGAUGAUAAAAACUUAGUUUAUCUAGUUCCAGAGUUAUGUCGUUCGACAGGUUUAACUGAUAGUAUGAGAGAGAAUUUUCAUCUUAUGAAAGCAUUAGCUAUGUAUACUUGUCUCUCACCUGAUUCCCGUGUUAAAAAACUAAUGGACUUUAAUAGCAGACUUCGUCAAGAGCCAAAAGUUAUGCAAGAAUUUAAAGACUGGAACAUGUCGUUAGAUAGAAGUUUACUUCAAGUUCCUGCUCGUGUAUUGCCUACCCCGAAACUUGGAUUUUCUAGAGAUAUUAAAAUGGAUGGCUACGGAGAUUGGGGAAGAAACAUGCAAAGAACACCUUUAUUGCGUUGUAAGGAGUUGAGAAAUUGGGUAUUGAUUGCAAAUCAACGGGACAUGCGUAAUGUACAGAAAUUUACACAAAACCUACUGUCAGUGUCGCACGCAAUAUCUUUUCCAGUUGUAAUGCCGCAAUUUCAAUAUAUACAAGAGGAUAGAGCGGGCACAUAUGCUGAUGUUCUUGAGAACGUUCUUAGUAGAUGUACCCCAGAUUUAGUAUUUUGCGUAGUAAGCAAUAAUCGCAGCGAUCGUUAUGCAGCCAUUAAAAAGAAAUGUUGUGUGGAUAGACCAGUGCCGUCGCAGGUCUUUUUACAAAAGAAUUUAGAUGGGAGAAAUGCGAUGAGUAUUGCUACAAAAGUGGCAAUACAGAUGAACUGCAAGUUGGGCGGGGCUCCUUGGUUAGUUGAUUUGAGAGGGCCGGUUGAUUUAAAAGGGUUAAUGGCUAUUGGUUUUGACGUUUGCCACGAUUCUAAUACCAAGGGCAAAGAUUAUUUGGCUAUGGUGGCAACUGUGGAUCAAUCGCUGACACGAUAUUUCAGCUCUAUUUGUUUAUAUCACAGCAGCGAAGAUCUUGGAGAACAACUUUGUAAAAGUAUAUGCAAGGCUAUAAAAGCUUAUCGCGACGAGAAUAAAGCUUUACCCAGGUUUCUUAUGAUUUAUCGUGAUGGUGUCAGUGAAGGGCAGAUUCGACAAGUUUACGAAAUUGAAGUAGAAAGUCUGAAAAGGAAGCUCGAAGAAUUGUACUAUGGUCCAAAUUUCAAAAUGAUGUUUAUUAUUGUUACUAAAAAAAUUAAUAUUCGACUGUUCGAUCACAACCGUAAUCCUUCGAUCGGUACAGUUGUCGAUGAUGUUAUAACGGAUCCGCUUAAAUAUGACUUCUAUAUUGUAUCGCAACAGGUUAGACAAGGAACUAUUGCCCCAACCGCAUACAAUGUUAUCUUUGAUAAUACUAACUUAACCGCUGACACGGUACAAACCAUAACUUACAAGUUAACUCACGUAUACUACAAUUGCUCAAGUACCGUUCGAGUACCAGCUCCGUGUCAUUAUGCACAAAAAUUAUCAUUUUUAGUGGGGCGAGUUCUCCAUCGACCUCCAUCCUCGCAGCUGGAAAAUCAGCUGUUUUUCUUAUAAUAAAAUUGAUAUUGUUUCGGUAUAUUUCUUUUUUUUUACAUACGAUUAAAUCAAUAUUCAAUAUAUGUUCUAAAAUUAUGUUAAAUGUAUGUUACGUUAUAAGGAUGUUUUCCGGAAAGCUGAUACACAUUACGAAAGUUUAUGUUAUUACUGUAUUACAUAUUUAAUCAUCAAAUUGUAGAUUUCUACAAUUUCGAACGUUUUUCUUAUUUGAUAGCAAAUUCUGUGAUGCUGUAUUUCUUGCUGUAAAACAUCUUUCGUGUACUACAUUUUGUAUAUUUACAUUUUGGAUUAAAUGUGUUCAUCAGUUUAUUUUUAGUUCAUUUUUUUUAGUUUAUUUUUUAGCAAAACCAUUUGAUAUGCCAAAAAUUAUUCCAAAUAAGUACUCCUAAUUCAGAUAAAAUAAUAUGUAUAGCGUACACUUAUUACUUGUUCAAGUUUUUAUUUUACUAUUUAGAAUAAGAUAAACUCUACGAAUUUUAAAUGUGAUUAUAUCAAAUGCCUUUUCAAGAGUGGCUGGUGAUAUGAUGUUUAUCAGUGUUACAAUAGUUUCAGAUAAUAUAAAAUGACCAAUGUACAAUUUCAGGGAUCCAAUUCAGAUAUUAUAAAUAACUUUUAUUUAUUACAUAUAUAUCAAACUUGUGGAGUAUUUUUUGAAAAUAUUUUUCAAACGUGUUACAUACGGUACUAAUAGAGUUAAACAAGUUAUUUUUAUUUACCUCUUUUUCACAUAAAUCAUUAGUUUCAAAGUAAACAGUAAGUUAAGUUAUUUGAUCUCAUUUAGUUUCAGAUUGAUUCUACUGGUUAUGUAACAACUUCGAUAAGCGUUAAUAUAUUUAAUAGUUGAAAUAGUUGUUAAGAUUCUACUGCAAUACAUUUUUUAUAUCUGAUAUAAGUUCGGCUUAUUUAAUAACGUUAUUCAUAAUAAGCUUGACAAAUAUAAUUAUUUUCACAUAUAGCAUGUCAAAUUAUGAUGUAGGUGAAUGUGCAAACGUAUAACAUAUACGUUUAUGUGUGAUGUAUGUUUCAUGUAUGCAGUACAUAAUAAACUAAAUUAAUUGUA